AUGAACGCGGUCCCCAUCCGUCAAGAUGCAACCGACGAAGAGAAGGAAGAAGCUACAAAGAAGGCUGUAGAACAGUGGGAGAAGAUGGGUCGCAGAGCCUCCUGGGGAUGUGAGUGGUACAAACGCUGGUUCGACCUGGUAUGCGCGGCUGUCGAGAAGAAGCAGCGACUAAAGGCAGUCUUCUUUCCGGGCCAGGUGGGUUACGGCAUUCCCACCAUGGAGGACCUCUCCGACUGCGAGGUGGACCUCUGGGACGGGGUCGGAUGUGGUGGCUCGCAGAAAUCCGAGCUGGCAACGGCGAACCUCAUGCAGAAGCAACAUCCCGGAUGGGAUUAUGAGGAGGUGGAUGUCACGGCUUUUCUCAAGAACGAGUUUCCGCUGGGUGCCGAAGUGGAUGCUCUGCAUGAGACCGAAGCUGUCUCCAGAUGGCGCAAGGGCAUUGUGGUAAAGCAGAUGGAAAAAGUGACUAAAACCGAGUCCGGCGAUGCGUCCACGGAGUUUGUCUGGCAGAUCAAGUGUGACGACUCUGGAGACAUCUUUGAGGCCAGACAAGUCCGACACCUCAACGUGGCGGUUGAGCAGCUGUUGCACCGGGACAUCCUGGAGCCUGCUUUGCGCCAAUGCCUGGCGGACGUAGAACUGCGCCAUCCCACCGCCUGCCGCCUCCGCAGCGGCACCCCGGCGCUGAGCAUUGGCAUUGAAAUCCCGAACGUCGAGUCGCUCCUGGCACUGAGAGAUCGCGUCUUGAGCGGCGACUUCGAUCGGAGCGUCAACGAAGGCCUGGCGCGCGGAGCUCCAGAGUUCAAGGUCAAGUUCGACAAGGGUCGGCUCUUCGAGCUCUACGAGGAUAGUCUUCUGGGCUUGAAGGAGCUGACCGAGCAUCAGCAGGUGAAGCUGAAAGAGAUGGAGGGCCUCGACGACGUUCAUCUCUUUGCCCCAGCGGGUGCCGGAAAGACCUUUGUUGCGGUGCAGCACGUGCUCGAGCAUCUCUUCUCCCAUCCCUCAGCCUGUCUGCUCUACGUCGCUCCCUCCGGAAACCUUGGCCUUCACUUCAUUCGCUGGCUCUCUACGCGACUCGCAUCGCGAAAGCAUCACAGCGAUCCGGGGCUCGUGCAAAGCAGGAUCCAGCAGGUGCUCUCCAGAAUCACCUUGCUGCACAGCCCCUUCCAACACUUCCAGGUGCCCUCCCUGGACGGCGAUCGCAUACUCCGACGUGUGGCCGAACCUGGCCCAGAAAAGUGUGACAUGGUGGUCUACGAUGAAAGCCACCACAUCUUCUCUCUUCCGCCUGAAGAGAUGAGCUCGACGCUCCUUCCAAGCCUAUCGGCGAAGCGCCGACUUCUCUUGUCAGAUGAGUCGCA